CUGGAUUCGAGUCCAAAUUGCAAGCCGACCGUGACAUUGUCAUGAUCAGUGUGAGAUUGAGGGGUGCUGAACGGACCUUCGAACGCCGUGCGUUGGGCUUAGCUUCUUCGUGGUGACAGCAGGUUCCACAUAGAGAUGCUCGAAGCAAUUGAUGUCAGGGGGCCAAUCACUGCACGGCAUUGCAACAUAGAUUCCAGCAAAUCAGUCAGCUUUAUCUUCUCCUUGCUUUCUGCGCACCAAAGUAUUUCUUUUUGCUGGUCAACCUGCUGAUGUCAAUUCUGUCGUGUUGACAAAGGGCUUGCUUUGGAGGCUGCCCCUCCAAUUGUAAUGAUGGCGCUCGCUCGCUGUGGAGUUCUUUGUGUGCUGCUGCUGGCUUUGAUGACGGCCCAAUGCCAUGCCACUUUGGAGCUUGCGAUGACUAUCCACCGUCACGGGGCGAGGACUGUCCUUUACAAGAACGCAACCACGCUCGCCGAGGGUGGCGCCCUGCUAACCACCCAGGGAGAGAACCAAACCUUUGGGGUUGGGCAGGGUUUCCGUAACCGCUACCUUAACCCAACCACAUGCCAAGUUACUCAGACCUGCGUGAACGGCCUGGCGGGGGGAAGGUAUGAUGGGACGAAUGUGCGCUCAAUUAGCUCCGGGUUUGACAGGACGCUAGCGAGCGCCGCCGGAUGGCUUCAGGGAGCCUUUCCGGCGAACGCGACUGAUACACCGCUGCCAGCCAAAACCAUUCCGAUCUUUAGCAUCCCGAUUGCGGACGACUUUCUGAUCCGCGCUUACGACAACUGCCCGCUCUUCCUGGCGACCAUGAACCAGUGGUUCCAGAGCGCCGAGUUCGCCGCCAAGGAGAACGCCUCCCAGCCCUUGCUGACGUCACUGCAGUCGUCACUGGGCUCCGUCCCGAAGCUCAACAACUUCUGGAACGUCUUCGACGAUCUCAACACGCAGCGGGACGCGAUCCUGACGGGGCAGAGCAGCGUUCCGCUGACGUCAGCGAUGCAGGAGCCGACGUGGUCGCAGGUCGUUGAUCUCGCCAACUGGCUCGAAGCGAACCGGUACCGCCGCAGCCUGACCGGAAACCUGCUCGGCGGCACCCUUCUGAACGAGAUUCUGGUGCGGCUGCAAGCCCGGCGGAUCAACUCCCAACCGGAAGCGGAACGCAUCAUCGAGUACAGCGCACACUACCCAACGCAGCUCAGCUUCCUGUCGGCGCUUAACCUGCCGGCGAAUGCAACACUCUUCAAUACCAAGAUACCGACUUAUGCGGCCCAGAUCCUAAUCGAGCUCCACAGCAACCGCCCCCCGGCCAUCUCCGAGUCGCCGCCCGGACUGCCGCUGUCCGGAUACAGCUGGGCCGUCCGCAUGCUGACGCAAGACGGAGUGGACACUCCGUACGUGCCCAUCAGUCUCCCGUGCGCGGGUUCUACCGCCGAGCAGCUUGCGGGCGAAGGUGCCUGCUCCCUCGACGACUUUCUGGCGUUUGCGCAACCCAACGCAAUCUCGACCCAGGGGAAAUGGUGCCAAGUAUGCGCCAAUGUCGUCAUGAAGGGGUGCGUUGCGAUCCAGUUCCAGCCGGCGGUCGACGCCUUGGCGACAUACGCUAUUAGCCUAAAUAAGACCAGCAACGCAUAUUAUAACAUCACGCCGGUGGCCGCGAGGACGACCACGUGCCCGUAGGGUAGGCAUGGAGCGGCUGUAUUACUCCACGGCUCUAGCUGAGGAGCUUGAUGUCUUGAUCCUCAAAACCAGUGUUGUUACAAAAGUAGGGAUAUUUUUCCCACCGUCGUAAUUCAAAUGUGAAAAGAUGGAACAAAUUGUAUAGUCGAAUUAGCAAGUCAGUAAAGGUCUGAUAUUUUUUUUGAGCUAGUCGAUUGGAUUCAGGUCAAAGCGUAAACAAAUCACUCGAAGGGGACACGAUUGCGAUGGCGGGGGCGUGUGCUACAGCGACUGAAGAUGACAGUCCGGUCCUUAAAAGCGUCGGACAGUUAGAGGCCAACAAAAUGAUGCACUGCAGGGUCAAUGCGACAUUGUAGCCUAGUAGCUGUAACUAUAUCCGUAUCUCACCGCACAGUCUCGAUCGUGGCAGAUCGUGCUGGGACGGUAUGCAUGCCGCCGCGCCAUCAUUGGAUCAUAAGCCGG